UGAAGCGUUAUGAAACUGCAUGAAUCGCCGGUCAGUGAUCGCCCAUUACUCAGUUUCAGUCGUCUGUGGUUUUUUGGAGUCAAAAGUUGUCUUUUAGGGUUUUGAGAAAUCAUGAGCUUCAUCAGAGAGGAUUUGAUGAGGGAGUUUGCCAUCUGCAGCGCUGUCCUGGUGCUGAAGACCCUGGGAAUGGCUUUGCUGACUGCGAGAGUGAGAUUUAGGAAAAACGUAUUCGCGAAUCCCGAAGACUCCUUCGGUAACAAAAUAAAAGUGAGUACAGAUGAUGUUGACAUCGAGAGAGUGAGAAGAGCCCACAGAAAUGAUCUGGAGAACAUUCUCCCCUGGUUCGUAAUGACAGCAAUUUGGCUCACCACUGGACCGACCUACUACUGUGCCAUGGUACUCAUAAGAGCAUUUGUCGCCGCCCGAAUUGCCCACACAGUCGUCUAUGUACUCGUUCCUAGACAGCCUCACCGGGCUCUUGCUUUCUUCGUUGGCUUCGGUAUCACCAUUUACGAGGCAGUUUCAACUCUGAUGCACUACCUCUAAGUUCAGACAAUGUAUUGUGCACUUGGUAUGAAUUAUUGAAUCAUAGAUGCCAAGUAUAAUACUUCUUUGUCAAUUUUUAUAAUAUUUUUUAAGAUGUAAAAAUUGACGGGACAUUUUUUUAUAUUUGGUAGGGUGAUAAUAAAACUAUGCAACAGCAUUGAAAAAAUUGAUUAAA